UAUCUCGGACCGCACGCAGACGCUACGGUCGACGAUGAUCCUUCCAGAUGAAAAUUUCGCGACGGACGAUCGGUCUGGCCGCACGGACCGGGCCAGUUAGCCCGUUUACUACUUCUUCGUGGUUGGUACUCGCGUUCGAAUCGGUUCACUUGUCAGAAAGGCUACUGCUGCUGCUGCUCCACCGAGAGGAGCGGCUGCUAUCAGUAGCUCGCACAUAAGACUAGCACUCUUGGUCCAUCCACUACGAUGAUCUUCGACUAUAUUUAAAUAUAGUGGACCGCUGGUGGAGCGAGCGUCGUCCUCGACAGACACCGAACUUGUUGGAUGAUCGCCAACCGCGAAAAAAAUCGAUCAAUUCGGGCUUUGACGUUGGACCAGCUAAAGAGCGAUCGUUAAGCUUGUCCUUUGGGAUGUCGCUGGGUUUAUGCGGAGACACCAUUGGAUUGUCACUCUGAGUGAUUGAUGAUGUUGUUUUGAGGGUUUGAAAUAUGUUGGUUGGAACUGUUGAAGAUGUAACUUUAUGUUGAUUGAUCAUGAGUGAGAUUAACCCUUUCGCUGCAAAUCGUUCAAUGCACUACAAUUAUUUUCUAAAUUUUAGACUCAAAGCCUAUUUUUCUUCAACAUAGUCGAUAGUUUCUAAAACGUUUCAAGUUAAAUUCUUAGAUGACUCAUUGUGUAUAUAGAUCGUUUACAUUAGUUACAUUUUUCUGAGGUUUUUGAAAGGAUUAAGAGAGAUGAUAUAUAAAUGUUCUGUUGAGAUUAUUUUAAAUGAAAAUUGAUGACUGUGUUGAGAAUGUAAAGUGGAUGGAAAUAGUAUCGGUAGAUUUUUUCAUCGACAAUAGCUUACCAGUGAGGUAUCGAUAUAUUGAUUUUGGUUACCUUUUAACGAAAAAUUACCAGCCAACCAUAAUCAAACAUCUCAGGCUGGGGUAGCUCGAGGUCGAGUGGUAGUCUGUCAAUGAUAAAGACAUUCCAGCGUCAAUUUCGAACCCUGCUCCUCCAUUGGCAGCUAUUUAAAAGCGGUCCUUCAAGCUCACCAACCACCCAUGGAUUCGUUUUCAGUUCAAAGCAGGAUUUGAUCGACAUCACAACCCCAACCUCGUCUUUCAUCAUGAAUCCUUCUCACUAUUUACUAUUAACCAUCCUUGGAACCUUCUGCGCCUAUGGUCUAUGGAAAACAGGAUCUUUAUCGUGGCAGACGUCCACGGUCCGCGCUAAAGCGUCCAUCCAGUUCGAUCUGUCCAUCCCAGCCUCUUCAGAAUCGGCUCUCCAUCGCUUUUCCAACAAAACCAGCCGAAGAAACAACGAGAAGAGUCAUAAAAAAUAUCGAGGAGCAGUGUCUAAAUAUAUGCUGGAGCUCUUUCACCGAAGGUCGGACGUGGACAUAGUCAGAGCCCUGCAGCCAAUCCACGUAUCAGGCCCUACGAACGAUGGAGCGAGGAUUCUGACGUUCUCGAUACCUCUGAUAGAUCCUGAAGAGACUUUGGAAGCUGCAGAACUGCUUGGCGUCGCUGGAGCCAUCCUCAGAGUGCGUUUGGACCAAUUGAACACAUCAGAAAGUUGCGAGUCCAGAAGGGAUGACAACUGGAGGGCUUUUAACGUUACUUUAGCGGUGGCCUUGAGGAUUGGAAACGUUCUUAGACUCAGAGUUUAUGGGAGAGUUGGGUAUCAUCCUUGUGGAGAUGGGCCUGUCCUGCUGUUGAGCUACAGUAAGGUGAAGAGGAGACGUUUAAGAAGAUCGAUUCAAGAGGAGGAAGCUGAGGACGAUGACGGACCUCGAAGAAGACGGAGAAAUUCCUGCAAACGACGGUCUUUGUACGUGGAUUUUGCUCUGAUUGCCUAUGAUGAGUGGGUCGUUGCUCCACCUGGGUAUGAAGCGUAUCAGUGUGCGGGAAAGUGUUUUUAUCCAUUUGGAGAUCAUCUGAGCCCAACUAAACAUGCUAUUGUGCAAACUCUGGUACAUGGAGCUCUUCAGGGUGUUGAAGGGGGGAACAAACCUGUUGGGAGAGCUUGUUGUGUACCGACACGGUUAGCGCCUACUAGUUUGCUUUAUUUGGAUGCUAGCGGGACUUUGACUUAUCAGUAUGGGUAUGAGGAUAUGGUUGUAGCGGAGUGUGGUUGUCGUUGAAAUGCCGAAGAGUGAGUAAUGGCAGUGGCGUAACUAGAUAGGGUCCUGGAUAGGUCUGCCCAUCUUCCCUAAACGUCGAUUAGCCUCCUCAUCCUUUUAAAAUUUUAUUAUUAUGUCUAUUGAAUGUCUAUUUUUAUUCCUCUUUCUUUAUUGAAAAAUAUAAUAUAUUUCGAUGUAUAAUAUUUUCUGAGCCAGCAACAUUUCAUGUAUAAAUUUACAAAUGAUUAAUUUUUAAGAAAAAUAAGUAACUUGACUUUUCUUAACCUUCCAUAAUCUAUCUAUAAAUAUUGAAUAUGGUAUAAAUUUAUCGAUUUAUAAAAAUUUAUAGUCUUUCAUUAUCAAUGUACUAUUUACAACCACCCUGAUUUUUAAUGCAUGUAAAAAAAUGGUGUCUGUUAUAAAAGAUCAUUGAACAAACUUUUAAAAAGAAAUUACUUUCAGAUUUCAUUCAAUAAAUUCACUGCAGCAGCAACUG